AUGAACCCAACCGCAUAGUUCGACACGAACAAAAAACACCCCCCGCUCGUCCCCAUCGCUCCUCGCCCCUUCAAGUCAACUGUCGAAAAGAUCCAGUCGAUUUCAAUGAGGCUCUACGCAUUCGGAUCCAACGGAAACGGUCAGCUCGGGAUCGGAUCCGACAAGGACAAUGCCAUCCCUCAGCCCACCCACUUCUCUUCCAUCCCUCAUCACAACGAUCUUCAUCACGAUGCACCCCCGUUCCUCGACUUUGCGGCCGGUGGCAAUCACACGGCUCUGAUCACACGCGACGAACACCAGACCCUAUACAUGACUGGAUCCAACAAGGAUAAUGAGACUCUUCUGCAGCAGCCCGUUCAGAUCUUUACGAAAGUACAUCCUAGAGAAUUCAAGCGAGAGCAGAGCCUGGAGGAUGGCAACAAGGGUAUCCAAAAGCGACAGCACCGGUGGCGAUCUGUCGCCUGUGGAUGGGCCUUUACCAUCGCCGUCACUGAACCAGAGCCAACCCUUGAUUUGGAGGACACCACAAAUACAACACCACGGCAUGGACGCGUUGUCCCUACAAGCCGGCUCUACGCCUGGGGAUCUGGAUCCUUUGGCGAACUCGGUCUCGGAUCCACUUGUACCAAAACUGGUCCCACCGCUCUAGAAAUCAAAGCUGGAUCCUGGGCACGGCGCUUAGACGAAGACGAUCAAAUAGGUACUCAUAUGCUCGACAUCCUCAAGGUCAGGGCUGGACUACGACAUGUUCUGCUCUUGACCAAGGAGAAAAUAUUCAAGGAAGGAGAAGAAGAGCCGCACAGGACGAGGACGGUGUUAAUGGGAUGGGGGAGUAAUCGACAAGGUCAACUUGGGGUUCUGGAGCGAACGAGUGACAGGACUGUGCCGUUGACAGAGAAGGACCUACGAGGAAAGUUUAUGGAACCGACACGCAUCUUGAUAUCCAAUAUCAGUACUAGCAGCAGCACCAACAAGGGCGAUGUAGAUACCAUGGAAGUACAACACGAAAUUGUGGAUAUGGCAUGUGGACAGAGCCAUUCAUUGGUUUUGUUUUCGGAUGGAUCCGUGUAUUCCUCAGGAUUGAACAAAUAUGGGCAACUUGGUCCCUCUUCUUCCAUGAUCGAGACGGUCGAUCAUCCAAAGCAAACGAAGCAGCAAGAUUUCAGGAUCGGGUUUGAAAAAGUCCAGGGGUUGCCCUUUGUGGACUCUAUAUCCUGUGGGUGGAAUCAUAAUGCGGCCAUGGACACAAGGACCCUACAGGGAACGGGCAGGACAAAGAUCUAUCUCUGGGGCAGGAAUGAUCAUGGACAGCUUGGGGGUGGCGUACCAGUGAUGACUGUGGAUCCGGAUCUAAACGGCGGAAGCCCAGUCGAGCUUGGCAUCUUGCAGGUCCGGAUACCAACUGCAACAACUGCAACAGCAGGGCGCUAUACAGAGCAAGAUGAACUUGAGGAAAUUGUCUCGUACAGCUGUGGAUCGGAACAUACGCUGGCGAUGACUCGAUCGGGCGAUUGCUAUGCAUGGGGAUGGAACGAGCAUGGCAAUUGUGGAAGCGGUGCCGGUGAUAGCAACGAGGAUUUGAAGGACGUUCCGACGCCUCGAAAGGUCCAAUUUCUGGAGACGACUUCGGUUAAUGUUUCGACGGCGACUUUGGCACAGGGGCAAAGAUGGGUCGCAGGAGGAUAUGGCUCCUCGUGGGUUUGGACAUAGGCGGAUGCCUGGAUUCAGCAAGCUAUCCAUGAUCCGAAAGUCUGUGUGGGGGUCACUGUGUAGAUUCAUUGAGCGUGCAUUAGCAUCAUGUAUGCUAACUGCCUGCUUUGCUAUCAGCUACAGUAUAAUAGCCAUACCUACAAUUUGUAUGCUAGAAUGUUUGCCAGCCUCUAGGAGAGCAAACUGCAUGCUGCCAUCGGUUUGUUUUUUGUGUUUGCUGUGAUGCUAGGAGCUAUGCACUAUUCUCUCUGCGCGGCAGUCUUCCAGGAGAGUAGUGCCUCCAGGAAACGAUCAUGGUUUUUAAAAAAA